CGUUUUAUCUUAAUAUCUGCACGUUAUUAGAAAAUGAAAUAGCAACUGUACGUAGAAUUUGCCGUGUUGAAAAUUCUUCAAUAGCCUCGCAAGAUCUAAGAAUUUUAAAAUUUCAAUGCGGGACUCUUGUUACAAAUAAUUUAAAAAGUAUAUCAUUGACAUAGAUAACUUGAAAUAUACUGUUUUAUACGGAAGUGAGAUAGCAUUGCUCUAUAGAUGCGUGAGAUCAAUCACACAUCAUUAAACAUUUAAUCCUUGUAGGAGGAAGUUAUAACAAAUUACCAUAGUUCACAGUAGUACAUAAAAAAGUUUAAUUUAGGCCAAUGUGAACACAAUUUUAUCAAGAUACACAACUAUAACAAACAAUAAAAGUGGUAACGUAAUCAUCAAAUAGUUCCAAAGCACAACUACAUAUGUUCAACAUAUGACUGAACCCUUGGGAAGCUUUAAUAGUUAUUAGAAUGCAACCAGUUUUAGUGAAGACUGCUUAAUAUCCCAAAUUCAAAAUGUUCAAGAGAUAUGAACUGAUCUCGAUAAUCUUAAUAGCCUUCCUAAAUUCAGCAAGCCUACAAAAACCUGAAUAUGGAAACAUAAAAAAUUAUAGUGCCUUCUUGAACCAUGGUGACAAGAAAUCCAGCUUUUACAAAAAAUCUGUGCUCGAGAAUGAAGUGGUUGUCACUAAAGUAGACAUACUCGGUGAAAUCUUCAAGAAAAACAUCGAAUCUCUAAAGAAAACCAAAGAGUUGGAUAUAAUAUUCCUGAUAGAUGGUUCUUCCAGUGUGGGCAAAGACAAUUUCAGAAGUGAGUUGAAGUUCGUGAAGAAGUUAUUGAGUGAUGUUACAGUGGAUUUGAAUCACACAAGAGUGGGUAUCAUUUCUUUCAGUUCUUCAGAUAAUGUGUUGAAGAAUGUUGAUGAAAUCAGUAUACCUCGUGGUGAAAACAACAAAUGUCUUCUGCUCAAUAAACAAUUGACUGCAGUUAACUUCGUUGGGGGAGAAACUUUCACCUUGGGUGCUUUCCAGAAAUCGAAGGAGAUAUUCGAUAAUAGUAGAAAUUCAUCAAAAAAAGUUAUUUUCCUCAUAACCGACGGGUUUUCUAAUGGUGGAGAUCCUGUACCAGUGGCUGAAGAACUGAAGAAGCAAGGGAUAACGAUAUUCACAAUCGGAAUACGUAACGGAAAUUAUGAAGAACUCUACAAGUUGUCCUCAAAACCAGGCGAGAUACACAGCUAUCUCUUGGAUAGUUUUGAAGAAUUCGAGAGCUUAGCCAGAAGGGCACUUCACGUAGAUUUGAAAGUAGGUGACUAUAUUCCACUUGGCAUCAACAGCCCAUGCGACAACCUAUGUAAAGGAGGAGACUGUUGCCAUAAAGAUGCUGUUUGCACUUGUGGUACUUCAACAGGCCAUUACUCGUGCGUGUGUCCAGCUGGAUAUUAUGGAUCUGGGCUGAAAGAAGAGGGAUGUUCCUUAUGUCCAGUAGGGUUUUACUCAGAUGGACCUAAUCUUUGCACACCUUGUCCGGAUAUUUUCCACACCACUGUUCCUCCAGCUUAUGGCAAGGGAAGUUGCCAGUGUAAAACUGGAUAUAAGACGUCCAAUGAAACGGACCAAUGUGAAGCCAUAAUGUGCAAAAAAUUAGCCGAACCAAAACAUGGAUACUUCGUGAAAAAGUCAUGCGACAAUGUGAUCAACUCUGCUUGUGGGGUAAGAUGCGAAGUUGGUUAUAACCUUGCUGGAACAAGUAUAAGGUUAUGCCAGAAUAACGGUUCAUGGACAGGACAAACUCCUUCAUGUCAAGUGAGAAUGUGUGACAAGUUGACCAUCCCUCAGUUUGGAUUAAUGUCUUGCGUCCACAGUGAUCUGGGAAUAACCUUCAAAAACAAUCAAACGACAUAUCCAGUCGACACAGUCUGUUCCUUCAAGUGUGAAAAAGGGAAGAUUUUCAUUGGAUCCAGACAUCGAACUUGUUUGCCAUUGGCUAAAUGGAAUGGUUUGAGAGCGAUGUGUAGACCGGUAAAAUGUAAGAAACUCCCCUCCAUCGCUAAUGCAAAAAUCGAGCCUCCAUCUUGCAAUUACGGCAAACAGGCCAAUGGCAAAAAAUGUAAGAUAACAUGCAACGAAGGAUACGAGACAAUUGGUCCAAAGGAACGUAUUUGUACUGGUGAUUUGGGCGCAUGGAAUACCAAAGAAGAAACAUCAUGCAAAGAUGUGACCCCACCAGUUAUAAAAUGUAUGAAGAACAUAACAACAAGAUCUAAUUUUGGUUUGAAUUACGGGUAUGCCAUUUGGGAGGCUCCAAUGAUUACAGAUAAUUCGAAUGAUGAACUUGUGGUCUGGACCAAACCACCGAUUGCAAACCUUUCCAGCUUCCAGUUCUUGAUAGGUCAAACUGAAAUAACUUAUUAUGCAGAAGAUUCAUCCAAGAAUCUGGCGAAAUGUACAACAACUGUUACAGUUAAAGAUGAAGAACGACCUAUGAUCGAGAACUGCAUCAAUCCUUCUCCUUUCUUAAGUGAAGAUGGUAAGGGAGCAAAUGUCACAUGGGAUGAGCCUUAUAUUCACGACAAUUCGCACCACGCCAUAGUGACCAGAUCGCAUAGUUUUGGAUACUUCAAACUAGGUACCACUACGAUAACCUAUGCAGCUGAAGAUGACUCUGGAAAUAGGAAUAUCUGCCAAAUGAAUAUCACUGUUAGAGAAGCAAAAUGCGACGAAUUCGAAGCACCAGAAAAUGGAAGAAGCGAAUGUUCAAGAAAAAAUAACACAAUAACUUGUGUGGCUUCUUGCAACGAGGGCUUUCUGCUACCUCUGUCAUCGCCAUAUUCGAAAAAAACAUCAAUGGACUCCAUAACUUUCAAAUGCAAUGUAUCAGAGAAUAUUUGGUAUAACGAAGAUGGUUUACUUCUGCCUGAAUGUACUAAGAAUAUCAAGCCGAAAGAGAUUUUUCAAAAUGCGACCACAGAUCUAGAGCCAGACUUCGACUGCAGCAAAGAAUUAGAAAAAAAUAAAGAGGUUGAAAACGAGUUGAGAACAAUAAUAUCGAAAAAACUAUGCAAGACGAAUUGUACUGUAACAACAAAUUCACAAUGUUUAGAGGGAAUAUUCAGUGAAUCGGAGGAAGAAAUCACAAAUAUCAUAAAGAGGGAAAUCAACCAAAAAAAUCGUUCGAACAGAGGUAGAUCCAAAAAGAAAAAACUGAGAAUAAACAUACACAUAAAAUCUCAGUACAACAACAACACGUUGGUGUUAACCGAUUUGAAUGUUAAGAAUAGCACAAUUCAUUUCAGCAAGCCACAGUUUUUAUGUCCACCUGGAUAUAUUCCUAGGAAAAAUAGAUGCGUUCAAUGCCCAAAAGGUACUUAUCAGUUGGAAAAUAAGUGUAGAAAUUGUGGAUUUGGCUAUUAUAAUGCAGAUUAUGGACGUACUUCAUGCUCACAGUGUCCUCUGCAUUUAUCUACAAGAAAAAUGAGAUCAAAGAGCAUAACAGAAUGCAGAAAGCAAUGUCCCCCUGGUACCCACGCUAGAAAGAAAGCAAUCAGGAAUUCCAAAAAACUCUACAAGAAGGUGAUUGAAAGACCAACUCUCCAACCUUUCUGUAAAUCGUGUCCUAUCGGUACAUAUCAAGAUGAUUAUGGACAGAUCCAAUGUAUGCCAUGUCCCAAAGGAUACACAACCCUAGGAUAUGGUUCCAAGGAUGUGGGACAAUGCAUAGAAACAGCUGAAGAAAUUUGCAUGAAGUCUAGGAACAUAUGCAACCAUGGAACUUGCAUAAGCAGAGAUAGGAUUCACUAUGACUGUGACUGUUUCAAAGGUUAUAUAGGUUCCCAUUGUGAAAAACGCCUCGAAGUAUGUGAAAAUAACCCAUGCCGCAAUGGUGGAUCAUGCAGUGUAUCUUACAACUCCCAUAAUGAACUAGAGUACAAAUGCUUGUGCCUUGAAGGCUAUUCUGGAUCCAGUUGUGAACAAGAAAUCAAGAUAUGUAAGCUGAAAUGUGUAAAUGGUGGCAAAUGCUUUGAAUAUGAUGAUGAUGCAUUUGCCUGCGAGUGUCCUGAAGGUUUUGAAGGAGAUUUGUGUGAAAUAGCAACUUCCUUCUGUCAGGAUGGUAUUUGUGAGAACAACAGUACUUGCUUGGAAAAACCAACUAGCUAUCAAUGCAGCUGCCCUAAGGGAUACAUUGGCAAAAGAUGCAACAUUCUUCCUUGCGAUUAUAGACCUUGUCCGAAAAAUGCGAUAUGUCAAAAUGUUGAUGAGAUUGAGGCAACUAUCAAUAGUUUCAGGUGUGUUUGUUCUGAAGGAUGGACAGGAAAGUCAUGUGAAGUGAAAAUUGAUUUUUGUUCAUCAAAUCCAUGCCAGAAUAACGGAACUUGCAUCAAUUCACCAUCAGGUUUCAAAUGCGAAUGUCCUAAACUUUAUCAUGGAAUGUUCUGUGAGGAACUUCAUGAUUCAAAUUAUGUAUUGGUAUUCGAAAGAUAUAAGACAACUGAUUAUAUAAGACUUCCGAAAUUCAACAAAGACUUGCAUGAGAUUACCAUUUGCAUGUGGGUUAAAGUAACUGAUACCUUCAACUAUGGAACUCUAAUUUCCUAUGCAACCAUAGAGGAUGAUAACGCAUUUGCUCUCACAGAUUAUACAGGGUUAAUCAUGUACGUAAAUGGAAAGUACAUAGCUACUGACGUUUUAUUGAAUGAUGGUAUUUGGCACCACGUCUGUGCAACAUGGGCAAGCUUAGAUGGGAUUUACCAAGUGUUUAUUGAUGGUAAACUAAGACAAUUCGGUAGUGGACUGUCAAUUGGUAAAAGUAUAAAAGCUCAUGGUUCGAUGAUAAUUGGACAAGAACAAGAUGCCCUUGGUGGAAAAUUCAGCCAAUCGGAAACAUUCGUUGGUAGAAUGACACUCGUCGAUAUCUGGUCUAGAGUACUGAAAAAAAAUGACAUUUUGAAACACUUUCAUGACUGUAAGAAUGGCAUGUAUGGGGACCUUUACAGUUGGACAGAUUUCCAGUUUUUCAUCCAAGGAAAUCUCAAGAAAGAACCUUCUGCCUUCUGCAAUGAAUGCCCGAAGCCCAAGAAACUGAUAAGCGGAUUUGUAGAAGUUAGAGACAGACUUGCCCAUUACAACUGCGAAGAAGGGUACAAAAUAGGAAACGAUUACAAGGGAGGCAGAAAAUGUUUGAAGUCAUCAAAAUGGGAAGGUCAACGUGAGCCUUAUUGUCGAAGAGUUUACUGUGGACCCCCAGGAUUCCUCAGGAAUGGUUUCAUUCAUGGCACAAAUUAUUAUUUCGAAGACCAAGUGAAUUGUGGAUGCGUUGAUGGGUACAAUCUUGUUGGUGCCAAAACAUUAACUUGUGGAAAAAAUGGAAAAUGGGAGCCAUCUAAACCUUCUUGCAUUGGUCCACAAUGCAGAGCCUUCAAAAUACCAAAAAAUGGAAACAUAACAGUAUUUGCCGAAAUGUUCCAUGACAUAUACGAAGAAGAAAAAACCUUAUUCGAUGUUGGCACACAAAUCGAAGUCACUUGUAAAGAAGGUACAACAUUGAUUGGAGAAUCUGUGAUAACCUGCCAAGAAAGUGGGGUUUGGGACAAUGAUCCACCAAUUUGUGAGAGCCCUUUCACUACAACCCAGAAACCACCAAGAUGUUCGAUAGAUCAGCUACCAUCUUUUCCAGAAAAUGGUCAUAUUGUAGAGGAAUCAAUCGAGGCUUAUCAAGAGGAAUUGUCCAAUAUUGUCGACUAUAAUUGCAACAUUGGUUUUGAAACUGAUGGUGUGAAUAGCUCUAUUUGCAAUGAUGGCGUUUGGUCUGAUGUUAAUAUAUCUUGUACCAGUGAGUUUCCAGGAGUUUCUUGUGGAUAUCCUGGUGACUUGCUCGAUGGUUAUUUGAUUGGAAAUAGUUACAAGUUUGGAGAUGAUGUCAGUUUUGAAUGUAAUACAGGUUAUAGUUUGAAGGGUUUGCAGUCAAUGAUAUGUGAAGAAGAUGGGAAAUGGAAAGGAUCUAUUCCAUCAUGUGUUAGAAUAAGUUGCCCAGUACCUUCACGUAUAGAUCAUGGAAGCAUAGUUGGUAAAAGCACUUUCUUCGGAGAUACUCUGAACAUUAUAUGUGAUAAAGGCUUCAAACUUGAUGGUUAUAGUUCAUUGACCUGUGGAAAAGACGGCAAUUGGGGUCCUAAUUUCCCCAAAUGUACUAGAAUAACAUGUGGUCCACCAGAUAACAUAGAAAAUGGAUUGAGCUUUGGAAGAAGUUACAAAUUUGAGGAUUUUGUAACAUUCGAGUGCAACGAAGGAUACUAUUUGGAAGGUGCUGGUACCAUCAGAUGCGAUGAAAACGGAGUCUGGGUACCAUCUCAGCCGAAAUGUAAAAAAAUAACUUGUGGAGAUCCAGGACACGUAAAUAAUGGUCUGGCUGUCGGUAGAGAAUUUUUCUACGGAAAUUCAGUGAAAUAUAGAUGUGAAAAAGGAUAUAAGCUCAAAGGUAGCGAAGAGAUAAUUUGUGGAAAAAAUGGAAAUUGGACACCAUCUAAACCGAGUUGUGUUGGAAUAUCAUGCAGAAAUAUUAUCGAUUUUGAAAAUGGGAUGAUUUUGAGAAAUGAUAAGAAGUCAUAUAGGUACGGUGAUAAAUUGUAUUUUGAAUGCAAGGAAGGGUUUGUUUUGAGAGGCGAAAGUUCAACUACUUGCAAUGAAUUUGGACAGUGGACCUCUAUACCAACAUGUUUAAUUAUUCCAACCACAACACCUGCAACAACCACCACAACAAAAAUGAAAAAUUGUGGAACACCAACAAAAUCAGAUAAUAUGGUAUUAAUUGAAAAUUAUGGAAAUCAUGAGUUCCCUCCAGGAAGUACAGUCCAUUUCAAUUGUACUGUAGGCCAUGAACUUAUUGGUAAUGAAAUGUUAAAAUGUCUGGAAGACGGUUCUUGGAGUGGAUUACAAGGAGAAUGCAAAAGAAUAUCUUGUAACUCUCCAGGGAUUCUGGAGAAUGGGUUGGUUUAUGGAAAUAGUUAUUAUUUUGAAGACAAAGUGGUCUACGAGUGCAAUCCAGGUCAUAAUUUGGUAGGUUCUACAUUUUCGUCCUGUUCUGAAAAGGGAGUUUGGACUCCACCAAAGCCUGAUUGUGUUGUUAUAUCAACUACCACCACGCCAACCACAACAACAUCAAAGGUACCAAAAAUAACGUGUAGGGAUCCAAAAACUCCAUUCAAUAUGAUCAAGACUGGGAACCAUCACAGCUCUCCUCAUUCUCCUGGAUCAUCGAUCAUUUUCGGUUGUGUAGAAGGCUAUAAAAUGUUGGGAAAUAAUAUUAUGCGCUGCACCAGAUCUGGAAGAUGGACAAGAUUGCAAGGAAAAUGUAGAAGAAUAUCAUGCAGACAACCUGAGGUUUCGAAAAAAACCAAAAUAAUAGGAGAUUCAUAUUUAUACGAAGAUAUAGUAACUAUAAUCUGCAGAAACAAUGCCAAGUAUGAGCUGAAAUGUAACAGAGAAGGAAUAUGGGAAGGUCCCAGAGAUGACUCAUGCUGAAUAGACCAGAACAGUAUCAUACUUAUCAGUUUUAGAAUGUACUUAUGCGAAUAAUAAAAAUUGUUUCGCAUA